AUGGUUGCCGCCUUCGUGCUGCUGAUCGGCUGCUUCACGGUCGCCUGUGUGUCGCGCGUGUACCAUGAGAAGCGGACGAGCGUCUUGGCCGUCAUGAUUGCCGCCGUGUCCUGCUGGGAUUUCAUCACUGACUGGUGCGUGAGGGCGAGGUGGGUGGGGCACACGCAGCGGAGCACUCGUGAUCAUCUGUGUGUGUGGGGGUUGCAUUCACUGCACCAGUGCGUUUGUGGCGCGAUCAUAUUCUGACGACGAGCGCAUGAUAUGGGUGUUCUGGGCGGGGAGCUUCCACCUGUUGGCCUUGGUGCUGUCCAACACGCUCACACUCAUCUACAUGACGCGCAGCAGAAACGAACAGGGGCACAACUUCCGUAAGUGACCACUUAUCCACCCAUCCACACACAUAUACACAGAUGGAUCGACCGCUCCCUCCGUAUGUGUGUGUUGAAGGUCGUUGGAUGGACAAGAACCGACACGUGAACCACGCGGGGGUGCUCUUGGUGGCGACGAGCUCAUUUCUGCACCUGGGAGUGCUUCACCUGUUCGCUUCUCGGCUGUUCGGGUGGACACUGUUCUCUCUGCGCGUCAAGACCAAGUCCUUUCUCACACUGGAGGUCCUCACUCUCCUCGGUCAGCCAGCCGAUUUGCAGGGCGAGGAGGGAGGGAGGGGAACAGAUGAACUGACUGUAAUGAUUGCCAUGCGUGUGUGUCGUCUCUGUGCGGUGCUACCCAUUCCAUUCACAGAGGAUGUGCCGCAGGUGGCUUUGCAGGCCUACGUGUUGCUCAACCAGUCAGGAACAGGCAGCAUCCCAUCAGGUAUGCCGAUCGAUGGACGGAUGGACGGAUGGAUGGAUGAAUGGAUGAAUGGACGGGCUGGACCACCCAUUUCCCCAAAGCCCUGACGCACCAUCCGUCAUUUCUCCCUGUGUGUGUGUGUGUGUGUCAGUGACUCUGGUGUCGCUGCUGACGUCGGUCUUUCAGAUCCUCAAGCUGCUGCUGUUCCUCCUCCGCUACGCCCUGCACUCGGUCCUGCCAUCCGUCGCCAUGAAGGACGGCAACAGCAGCAGCAGCAUCAGCACCAAGCCCAUCACAGGCACACCCACGGCGACCGAGCCGUCCACCUCACACGCACCUUCAUCGGUGGCCUUCGUCGUCACGACACAGACCACCAGCGGCGGCGAAAGUGACGCAGACGAGUGACGUGACGCCUGGGGUGGUGUGUGUGGGAGGGGCGGAGUGGGACGGGACGGCUUUAUUUGUGUGGUGGCUUUGUUUCGCGUGUGAGUUGUUUGUGGUCCGUCCGGAGUGACCGAACGUUCGUCCUCGUGUGGGUUUUAUUUGUGUGUGGUGUUUGUGGUCGUCCGGAGUUGGCUGGCUAUUGCCACGUGUCGGUUUGUGAGCGUACUCUGUGAGCUUUUGACACCUUGGUUUUGGGCUGGUGCGUUGGUUGGUUGGCUGCGUGUGUGUGUGUGUGUGUGGAUAUGGUGUCGCCGGCCAUUUCUUUUCACUGCCGAUGUGAGUGGUCGCUGUCUGUCUGUCUGUCUGUCUGUCUGUGGCUCUUGAGGUGCCAUCCCUCCCUCGGUGCCUUCAUUCUCUCUCCGCUGGAUUGAGCUGACUCUGCAGAAGUGCAUGUGUCGGUGCACACUACACUCUCGCUCUGUCUGUGUGUGUGUCCGUCUGUCUGUCUGUCUGUCUGUGGCACUGUGCGUGUUGUCGGCCGGCUGGAUCAUGCAUUUCCCUCCCUCGCUUUGUCCGUCCGUCUGUAGUGUCUGUCGCGGUUUUGUCAAGUAUAUCCAGGCGUACUUGUCAUGAUGUGGUGCGUGUGGUAGUAUAAGCGUGGAUGGAAUGGCUGCAUUCGUGGUUGAGCCCAUCGGCUGUCUUCGUGUGUGGCAUGUUUAUUAUAUGGAUGGACGUGAGAGCCAGCUGAGCUGCAUCGUUUGCCGUGCUUACUGGAGCAGCAGCCAGCCAGCCGUGCUUGCUGCAUCGUCUGCCUGUCCGAACGAACAUGUACCUUCGUGUCAGUCAGCCGGUAGGCUGAUCCCUCUCUCUCUCUGUGGUGUGUGGGUGUGUGUAUGCAGCGGGCAGUUAGUGCUGUCUGCUGUCCUGCCUGGGCACUGCCGCUUUUUGAUGCAGUCAGUCAGUCAGUGUUUAAGAUUGAGAGCCAGCCAGUGAUUCCUUCCCUUCAUGCUGUGGGUGCGGUGGAUGGGAUGUACCGUAGACUCAUUCAUUCGUGUGCCCUGGGUGUGUGCGAGCGCGCACCCCUGGGUGUGCAGUGCAAAAGCACCGCGUGGGCGGCUGCUGUGUCGAAUCGGAGGUCUUAUCGGGGACCACUUGGUUGGUUGGUUAUUGUUUAGCGCUCUGCAUGCUUUGCUACAUGCAUGACAUUGCGGGGGGG